AUGAAAGUGUUCGCGUUACUUCUCGCAGUGGGUGCUGUGUGUUCCUUGCCUCUGGAGGAAGCUCCAGCCGUGGACAAUGUGGAAUGGGCGCUAGUUCCGGACGCCGAGGGAAAGUUCCACAUCGUCAGUGUGCAAGAAGCUCUUGAUGAGGAGCCAGAGAGUUUCUUCAACCCUGAAACCGACACACACUUUCACUUAUACACGCAGAACAGUCCCAACAACUUCCAGAUUGUUGAACGUAAUAAUCCAGCUUCACUCGCCGCUUCCAACUUCAAUCCCAACCAUCCCACGAAAUUCCUCAUUCACGGCUGGGGCGGAAGUCCUGGUGGUGGCACUGUAAGAGUAUCUCGCGAAGCCUUCUUCCAACGCGGGAACUUCAAUGUCUUCUCUGUUGAUUGGAGCGUUGGCGCAGGAUCGAAUAACUAUAUCACGGCCAGGAAUCGCGUCGGCCCAACUGGAGCCAUUGUUGGCAAUUUCAUUCACUUCCUCGUGAACUCAGGCGGCGCCAGGAGAGAGGAUAUCUCUGUUAUUGGACACAGUUUGGGCGCCCACGUGGCCGGAUUCGCGGGAAAGAAUCAUCCGCCUCCAAACCAGCUUGCUAGUGUUGUUGGUCUGGAUCCUGCUUGGCCUCUGUUCAGCGCUGAUGAUCCGACCGUUCGUAUGGAUCGUGGAGACGCAGUUUUUGUCGAAUCUAUGCACACAAAUGCAGGUCUUCUCGGAUUCACUGUUCCCAUUGGACACGCUACUUACUAUCCUAAUGGCGGAAGCUCUCAGCCCGGAUGUGGCAUUGACGUUUCCGGUGCUUGUGCUCAUGCCAGAUCCAAUCUGUUCUUUGCUGAGUCCAUCAACACGAACACGCAUUUCUACUCUGUCCUUUGUCCUGGAGGAUACGACCAGAUCCUAGAUGGCACCUGUCCACAGACCGGAGCCAGCAGAAGGAUGAGCGGAGAGCCAUUAGAUCCUUCUCUUCACGGCGUCUUCUGGCUACCCACUAAUGCCGAAGCUCCUUUCGCCAUUGGACCCAUUUAA